GACCCUGGCCCUCGCGGCGCUGCUGGUCGCCGCCGCCGCGCGCCGCACGGUCGCCCCGGAGGGCACGGGCGGCUUCGAGGAUGAAAGAGGCAUGGAGGUGACUUUCUUCCGGCAUGGCGAAUCGGUGGGCAACGCCGGCCUAUGGGGCGCCAUCGCCAGGGGAUCGGUCACCGCCUACCGCGACGGCGUAUUGACGUCCGAUGGCGAGAAGCAGGUGAAGGAGCGCUCCUUGCUGCUGGACGCCGCGCACUUGCAGCGCGCGCUGGCGGCGCAGGUCGUGCUGACCUCACCCCUGCGGCGUGCCAUGGCCACGACGCUCCUGCUGCUGGGCAGCACUCAGCACCGGCGCCUUCUGUCGGCGCUGUGGACUCAGCCCCUGGGCGGCGCUGCCGCUGCCGCUGCGGCGCGAGGGCCCGCGCGCCCGCAGUGGCUCCUGGAGCACGCGGCGAGCUCGGCGAACUGCAGCGGCCCGACACCCCUGGCGCCCCCCACGACCACGUGUACGCUGUUGCCCGAGUGGCACCAGUGGCCGACAGUGCGCGUGGUUGCAGAGCUGCGGGAGAAGGUGAAAUCACGCUCGGACGUGCCUGGCUCCGGCGACGAGGCGGACGCGAUGGACUACGUGCGCGAGAUGGGCGAGAAGGUGGGCGAGGAGUACUUCUGCGACCGGCGCGCCCUGGACCCCGUGGUGCGGGACAUCGUGAGGACCUACGCCGAAGAGGCGAGCCGCACGAAGAACUGGACGGUGCACUUCGGUGGCGUCCCUGCGCCGGAGAGC